UGGUUCCUGAGUGAGGAGGCCGGACCAAAAGGCGGAAGCAGGCAUUGAGGCGGCACUUCGUGGAAGGGGCGAGAAGGGGCGCGAUGGAAUCAGUUAGGUGCCCAGAACACGGGACUUUCUGCUUUCUGAAGACCGGCGUCCGCGAUGGGCCGAAUAAAGGAAAGAGUUUCUACGUCUGCCCGGCGGACACCUGCAACUUCGUGCGGGCCACUGACAUUCCUGUUUCUCAUUGUUUAUUGCAUGCGGACUUUGUGGUAGAGCUUCAGGGUUUACUUCCACUGCAGGGCACAGAAGAAUAUAAAUUGUUCUUCCGAUGCAGUAGAAGUAAGGCUGAGGGGAAGCAGUGUUGUGGAACUAUCCCAUGGCAGGAUCCUAAUUCCAAAGAACAGUCUGUAACCAGUAAGUCUCAGCAUGCAUCGGAGCCAUUUCAUUAUCCUUCCAGUGAGAGAAACCCGUUCAAGGUACUUGACAAGAAUCAAGAACCAUCUCUCUGGAAUCAGUUCAUCAAAGGUGGUGAUGCGGAAAAGAUGGCUGCUAAGCAAAGGGAAAUGGGGGAUCCACUCUUGGAUCAAACGAAGGAAAAGAAGCCUGAAUCUAACUGCUGGAAGGAGAAAGAUGUCUCAUCUGGCCUGGUGGUAAAGAAAAAACAAUCUGCAGUGCAAGAGAAGAAGCGAGAGAAGAAAACAGAGCUUCAGUGUGAAGCAAAGGAGACUGAAGGGACACACAAAAGAAACCUUUUUGAGAUUAAAUCCAAACAGUGCCAUGGGAAUGAGCUGACAAAACCUCCUGCGUCUCUUCAGGAGAAAUCAAAUGGCAGGAGUUACUAUGUGUCCAAAGAAUCAGAACCUCUGAGAGUAAAGGAAACCAAGCCUUUGCCUCAAAUUGUUCACAGUCAGAACCCGAUAAGCAAGCCCCAGAAAGAGGAACACCUCAGCAAGGAGCCCCCCAAGAGCUGGGAGGCUGGAGAAACAAAGGCAAAGGACAACGCAAGCAUGCAGACCAUCCAGAAGAGGCUCCAGGGGCAUUUCCAGGUGCCGUCGGAGACCCGUGGUGUGCCUGUGCCAAAAGGAUGGGCCACUCAGUCUGCACCGCCAGCCGCCGGGCGUUCCCUGGGGGAGAGGCAAGGAGCUGACACAAGCAGUGGUGACAGUGAGGAAGAUGAUGAUGCUUUUGUUUCCAGUCAGCCGGAAAGCCCCCUGCUCUUCGAUAGGACUCCGGACUCACAGAAGGACAGCCGUGAAUUCGCUAGUCACAGUGCACAAAGGAAAAUGUCUCCUGCCUCAGGGGUUUCCAAGGAGGUAGAACCUUCAGAUCCAGCCGCCGAACGUGUGUACCUCACAACACAACUGAAACAAAAGAAGAGCACCCUGGCAUCAGUGAACAUCCAGGUGCUUCCAGACAAGGGUCAGAAGUUGUUCAGGCAAAUUCAUGAGUUGGAGGAAGCGCUCAGUGCUCUCGCCCUCUCCCCAGAGCAAGGUAUUAAUGAGAAGAAUAACAGCCAAGUACCUCAAUGGAGUAACUCCACCAAAACUACGAGUAACCCUCCCCGCUUGGAGCCACCCAGACCCCUGGAGGGUCAGGCUUCCCCCGGAUCCCCAGCCUCUGGGCUCGAGGACUAAAGGGCUGCCUGUCAGGAUGCUGCUGGACAGUCCAGGCAGUGCUCUGGAGGCCCUGCGAACCGUGAUCGCCUUUACUCCGUGUGGAAAAUCACAAGGGAAGCCAUUGAUGAGCUGCAUCGAUCACUAGAGUCGUGUCCUGCUGAGACAGCUGUGGCAGAGGAUCCAGCUGGGUUGAAGGUCCCUUUGCUACGGCACCAGAAGCAGGCAUUAGCCUGGUUACAAUGGCGAGAAAGUCAGAAGCCACAAGGAGGAAUUCUAGCGGAUGAUAUGGGAUUAGGAAAAACCCUGACAAUGAUUGCACUUAUCCUGGCCCAGAAAAAUCAAGAGAAAAACAAAGAAAAGGACAAAAACAUUGCCCUGACUUGGCUUUCCAAAGAUGACUCCACUGAGUUUACUUCCAAUGGAACACUUGUCAUCUGUCCUGCUUCCCUGAUCCAUCAUUGGAAAAAGGAGGUGGAGAAACGUGUGAGCAGCAACAAACUAACAGUCUAUCUCUAUCAUGGGUCCAACCGAGAUCAGCGUGCAAAAGUCCUCUCUACAUAUGACAUUGUGAUCACCACCUAUAGCCUUCUGGCCAAGGAGAUCCCCACGAAGAAGAAGCAAGAGGGAGAGGUCCCGGGCACAAACCUCAGUGAGAAGGGUAUCUCGACCCCUUUGCUUCGCAUAGCGUGGGCUCGGAUCAUACUGGAUGAAGCUCACAAUGUUAAAAACCCCCGCGUGCAGACUUCCAUUGCUGUGUGUAAGCUCCAAGCCCAUGCCCGCUGGGCUGUCACUGGAACCCCCAUUCAGAAUAACUUGCUGGACAUGUAUUCCCUGCUGAAGUUUCUCCGUUGUUCUCCAUUUGAUGAGUUCAAUCUGUGGAAGAGCCAGGUUGACAAUGGUUCAAAGAAAGGAGGAGAACGGUUAACUAUUUUAACCAAGAGCCUUUUGCUGAGGAGAACAAAGGACCAGCUGGACUGCACUGGCAAGCCCUUGGUGAUGCUGCCCCAGCGUUAUUAUCAGUUGCAUCAUUUAAAGCUUUCUGAAGAUGAAGAGACUGUUUACAGUGUCCUUUUUGCAACAUCAAGGUCAGCUCUGCAGUCCUACCUACAAAGACAGACAAGUGUGGGUAACCAAUCUGGACGAAGCCCUGAUAAUCCGUUCAGUAGAGUGGCACAGGAGUUUGGGCCCACUGGGCCUGGGCACUCCGUGGCGGCAGACUCACAGAGAUCCAGCACCGCCCACAUCUUGUCACAGUUGCUGAGACUCCGCCAGUGUUGCUGCCACCUUUCUUUACUAAAAUCGGCCUUGGACCCAGCAGAACUGAAGAGCGAAGGCCUGCUCCUUUCCCUGGAGGAGGAGCUUGGUGCCUUGACCUUGACCGAGCUCCAGAACACAGAGCCGUCCUCCACGGUUUCCCUGAAUGGCCAGUGCUUCCAGGUGGAGCUUUUUGAAGACACGCGAGAGAGCACCAAGAUUUCAUCUCUGUUGGCAGAAUUGGAGGCAAUCCGAAGAAAUUCAGGGUCCCAAAAGAGUGUCAUUGUCUCUCAGUGGACCAGCAUGCUGAAAGUUGUAGCGUUGCACCUGAAGAGGCACAGACUGACGUUCGCCACCAUCGAUGGCUCUGUCAACCCCAAACAGAGAAUGGACUUGGUAGAGGCAUUUAAUCACUCCGGGGGCCCUCAGGUUAUGCUAAUCUCUCUGUUGGCUGGAGGUGUUGGUCUAAACCUGAUUGGAGGAAACCAUCUUUUUCUUCUGGAUAUGCACUGGAACCCAUCCCUUGAAGAUCAAGCUUGUGACCGAAUUUACCGCGUAGGGCAGGAGAAAGAUGUCGUCAUACACAAAUUUGUUUGUGAGGGAACAGUGGAAACGAAGAUCUUGCAGCUCCAAGAAAAAAAGAAAGAUUUGGCCAAACAGGUUCUGUCAGGAUCUGGAGAAUCUGUCACCAAGCUCACCUUGGCUGACCUCAAAGUCCUUUUUGGCAUCUAACUUCCUGUUUCUAGGGCUCAGUAUUGUGCCACUGUUGGUUUGUAUUAGGACCUGGGGAGAACGACCUAACCACGGUCCUUUGGACUCUCCUGUCACCGUCAAGCCUUGUGCCCGCCACACAAUGAGGUGUACUCUAGUGCCCAGAAUGGAGGACCAGUUAUCAUGUUAACCAUUGGUUAAUCAAUUAACUUAUUUAAUGAGUGACAUACAAGCCAAUGAAUUAUUUCAGAUAAAAGAAAAUGCUUUCAUGUUAGAUAAUUUUAGAAAACAACUCUGGGAGAGUUGUACAUACGCUUCAGUAAAAGCUCAAAAAGCCCUUUCUCUUCUCAGCUGAUGGGGGACCCAGCAUUAUUACCUUUUCUAACAAAGAGCCUAUCUCUUUGUCUCUCCUGCCAGUGAGGUUACUCCUGUAACCUCUUUGUGGGCCGAGCAGAGAGUGGACCCCUACGGCCGUCGCUCUGCUGUUGUCUCCAUCCAGGCGGUUCUUCCUCUCAGGCGUCAGAUCAAGGAGGUGCUUUGUACAUAAACAGCUGUUCAGCGUUUCUAUCAGCGUGUCAUUUAGUAGUUGGUAUGGUAUCAUUUAGUAUUACUGUAUAAUUUGGUACUGCUAUCACAUCAUGUAGUAUUUGUAUCAUAUAAUGUGAUAUUUGUAUCAUUACAGUAUUUGCAUUUUUACAGAUGCACAGUAUCUUCAUUUAGUGUUGUAUCAUUUAGCAGGUGUGCCAUUGUAUCAUGUAGCAUUGGUAUCAUAGGUAU